AUUUGCGACCAUCAAAUCCCCAAUUGAUGCCGUCGGAGCUUAAAAUACAAUACAGUUAUCUCCAUUCUAAUGAAACUGAUAGAAAACAACGUUAAAACAUGUAUUUAAAAUCUGUCAUAUGCCGUCUGCGCUUGCGCGUACGUCCGAUAGCAUCAAUUGUCAAUUGAUGCCAUGUAAAUAAGUGACGUUAUCCAAUCAAAAUGAAUGUAACAAACGUUGUUGCAUUAGAAUGGCCAAUAACUGUUUUAACACAUGACGCAAUCAAUUUACGCGAACGUUUUAGAAAUGUUGACGUCAUUCCGCAAUCCACGGAUCCUAGGAAAGUUUCUUGUAGGUUAAAGCAAGGCGAAAAUACGACUUUGAACCCAUAACACAGCUGGAAAAUGAACACCAAGUGUACAUCUGUGGUCGUAGCAGUGCUAUUAUUAGUCAACAGCAUAGCAGCACAUGGUGGAUAUGGCCCUGUUGGGUAUUCUAGCGGCGGAUAUGGCGGAAAUGUCGGUGGAUAUGGCCCUGCUGGGUAUGGCGGUGGAUAUGGCGGAAAUGUCGGCGGAUAUGGUCCUGUUGGGUACGGCGGUGGAUAUGGCGGCGGUCUUGGUGGAAUAGGUGGUUUUGGAGGGAUUUUGUCAUCAGGAUUGUCAUCAGGAUAUGCCAAUCCCAGUUUUUGGAUGAAAUACGUACCUAAACAGUAUGCAGGAAUUGUACAGAAAUAUGCUACUGGUAACAUUGCCAGAUCUUUUAUGUCUCAAUGGAUCAAUAAUAACCAGAAUAAGAAAUAUUAUUAA